CGCUGUUGCUCAACGGUAUGUCGGACCUUCCCUUAAAUCUGUGGCCGAUGGGGGUGGGCACCUAUGUCUCUAUUUUUAUUUUUCACCUUGGUCAUUUCCGAUGCCUCUUUCAAUGUCUCUUCUAAGCGCUCUUCAGGACCUUGAAUGGAAGGAGAUGUGUGCAUCUCUUUACAGUUCGAUAACGCCCACCCACCUACUAGCUGCUGCUGCUGCUCUAGUUGGGUACAAGCUAGUUUAUGCCCUCUGUCUCUCGCCUCUCCGCAAUAUCCCUGGACCCUUCUUCGCCCGUCUAUCAAAUAUUCGACUGGGGUAUAUUGGUAUGUCAGGAAAGAUGAGCAAAUACGCGAUGCACGACUACGAAAAGUACGGCGACCUUUAUGUAUGCGGACCGAAUGCCGUAUCUCUGUCGAAUCUCGUGGACCUGAAGUCAGCCCUAAGCACCCACGCCUUUGCUAAGCCCGAGUUUUACCACGCAUUCCACUUGUUCGGAAUCGAAAACAUUCUCAGCUCCAGCAACGCAGACCUUGUUGGCAUUCGCAAACGUCAAGUCGGACCCUUCUUCAACCUGGGGUAUCUGCAAAAUAUGGAGCCGACGAUUCUGAAAGCCGGGUACCAGGCACUCAAGGAGAAAUGGGACGCACAGAUUGAAGCCGAGGCUAAAGGGAAUAUCGAAAUCAACUACAGCAUGUCAUAUAUGCUCACAACACUCGACGUAAUCGGCGCCCUCAUGUGUGGUCAAGAGUUGGAGUGCAUUAAAACCGACAAUGUUGUCCCGAUUAAAUGGGUCCAAGACUCGAUGAUGCUGCAUAUGCACAAGGCGGUGUUUCCGAUACUCAAGGCGUUCCCCUUUUCGCUACUGGUGCGUGGAUUGGAAGAUAACUUUGGAAGGGCUACGCGGGCUGUUAGGCGUCUGAUAAACAGGCGUCGCGCGAUACUCGAUAGCGGAGCAGAGAAGCCGGUAGACCUUCUCCAGGCAUUCCUUGAUGCCGAAGACCCGCAUUCCAAGAUCCGGAUGAGCGAAACCGAAAUCCAAGUUGAGAGCAUGCUGAUGCUGGGUGCUGGCAUCGACACUACAGCGAACACGCUUGCUUGGACAACCCAUUUGCUUAUGUUGCACCCUGAUAUCUACAGGAGAGCUGUGGACGAGAUUCGCAGCCAGUUCGACUCCGGCCAUCUCAUUACCUACGCUGAUGCCAGGGAGAAGCUGCCGUUCACCGAGGCAUGUAUUUACGAGUCGCUGCGCCUGUGCCCGGUGAUCGGCGGGCAGUUGCCGCGCUCUAUUCCUUCUGGUGGGGUGACGUUCCAGGGUCAUUACUUGCCAGGCGGCACCGAACUCCACAUAAACUUCCGAGGUGCGGCAAUGAACAAGGAUAUGUGGCCUGAGCCAUACAAGUACAACCCCGACAGGUUCGUCGGCAACAGCGAGGCAAGGCGCAACUUCUUUGCCUUCAGCUCUGGUGUCCGAGUAUGCACUGGCCGGAACCUCUCUUGGAUGGAGAUGCUGACUAUCUUUGCCAACAUGCUUAAGGACUACGACUGGUCGCUACCUGAUGAUUACACCCAUCUAGGGCCAAAGGUCCUCGAUGAGCGCGGGUACCCGAAGAAGAUGGAGAGCAGGCACUUUAUCAUCACUGCGUCAGCUAACCCGGAGCGUGACUGCCGUCUUGUUAUCAAGAAGCACGUUGAAUGAUUACCGAUAGUGGUGUUGGCAUUAGACCGCCUUCACCGCCCUGUGCCACCAUGCUCAAGAUUGCCCAUGCACUUAAAAGGGCCCCAAGCACCCAACAGUCUACCCUCUCAGUUGAUUUUACACGUAUUUUUCUCCAUAUAUGCCGAUUGUUAACCUUCAGAGAGUCCAGUAGUUAUGAGCUUUAUGGAAUGAAUAAAAUGGAAAAUUUGCUGAG